UAUCUAACCUACUACAGGUUUUAUAACCUAAAAAUUAAUACUUUCUUAUAGUGAGUAUUAAGCGAGUAAAAUGUCCGAACCCGAAAAUAACAUAGCAGAAAAUGAAAGCGGAGGUGCGAAGUUUAAGUUUAAAAAACGUAAGCAAUUGAGAAAGCGGAAGUUAUCAAACGAAAGCGAAGAUUCAGAAACCGAAGAUAAUUUAAUUUUAAAGCUUGAAGAAACUAAGGAGCUACAAAACUUACGUCGACGACAGAAAGGCAUUAGUAUAAGUGGGUUAGUUUUGGGAGUAAAAUCUUGUGGUGAUGACGACGGAAAUUCAAAGGAUUCUUUCAAAUCGAAAAUGGGGGGAAUGGUCAAUAUGCAGGCAUUACGUACUGGCAAACUCAAGCAGGUGGACGACGCAUACGAUACAGGAAUCGGUACUCAAUUUUCCGUGGAGACCAACAAGAGAGAUGAGGAUGAAGAAAUGAUGAAGUAUAUUGAAGAGCAGUUGGCUAAACGGAAAGGAAAUAAAACUGAAGAAGUUGUAGUGGAAGAGGAAGUUGAGAAGAAACCCAAAUAUCUUAGCCCGGAAGAAGCCGCUUUACAAGCAGUCCCUAAUCAUUUACGUGAAUCCUCCACGCGGAAGAACGAAGAAAUGUUAUCAAAUCAAAUGUUAAGUGGAAUUCCAGAAGUCGAUUUAGGUAUAGAAGCUAAAAUUAAAAACAUUGAAGCGACUGAAGAAGCUAAACUGAAGUUGCUAUUUGAACAAAAUAGCAACAAUGACGGACCAUCACAAUUUGUCCCUACAAACAUGGCAGUCAAUUUUGCACAUCAUAGCCGUUUCAAUGUAGAUUUUACAGAUUUGCCUAAAAAGAAGAACAAAGUAGAGAAUAAAGGAGGAGAUAAAGGCAAACCUAAGAAAAUAGAAAAGGCCACGGAUGACUACCAUUACGAAAAAUUUAAAAAACAGUUUAGGCGGUACUAAGAUUUCUUAAUUGUAUUUAUUGUAAAUAAGACAUUUUUUAUAUAAAACAAUCAAAAAUAUACAAUUUCUUUUUUCUAUUUUAUACACAUCAAACUUAGUCAAAAAAGAUUUCGAUAGGAAUACAUACUGAACGAAUUGAUCAAUGUUAACAAACUAGAACAUUGUUUAAUAAAAUUUUCUUAAUA